GUCACCUUCUCUACAACAUCUCAAGGUCUUUGGUAGCCUGUGCUAUGCAACCAAUGUGAAGAAAUGUAACAAAUUCAGUCCUAGAGCUAUACCAUCAGUUCAUAUGCGGUAUUCCUCCUCCCAAACAGGGUAUAUUCUUUAUGAUCUACAUUCUAAGGUUUUCUUUGUCAGUAAGCAUGUUGUAUUUAAGAAGGAGGUAUUCCCCUUCAAACACAUGACUUCUGAUUCUUCCAUUCUAUUUCCUAUGCUGAAAUUUGUUGAGACUUCAUCUCAACCUUUACAUCAAGAUACAACUCCUACUUCUGCAAUCAACUCUCCUACUUUAGCUUCUGUUGAAGAUCCUAUAUUCAACUAUUCUGAAGAUCACUCAACUACUGACUUGUCACCUUCACAAGUCUCUCCAUCUACCUUGCCAUCUACUUCCGUGGUGGAACUUAGGAAGACUUCAAGAACCACAAAGCCACAUGUGUGGCUGAAAUACUUUGUAGUUCAACCUCAGAAGGGUGCCUGUCAAUAUCCAAUUGCCAACUAUGUAGGCUACAACAAUCUUUUCCCAACUUAUCAGGCUUCUAUUGCUGCCUAUUCUGCUAUUUUGGAGCCUAGGUCUUUCUCUGAAACCAGUAGAUAUCCUAAGUGGAUUGAUGAAAUGCAGACUGAAAUUGCAGCUCUUGAGGAAAAUAACACAUG